AUGCCUGUCCCCAUGGUCAGCAGCCUGUCCCCAUGGUCAGCAGCCUGUCCCCAUGGUCAGCAGCAUGUUCCCAUGGUCAUCAGCCUGUCCCCAUGGUCAGCAGCCUGUCCCCAUGGUCAGCAGCCUGUCCCCAUGGUCAACAGCCUGUCCCCAUGGUCAGCAGCCUGUCCCCAUGGUCAGCAGCCUGUCCCCAUGGUCAGCAGCAUGUUCCCAUGGUCAGCAGCCUGUCCCCAUGGUCAGCAGCCUGUCCCCAUGGUCAACAGCCUGUCCCCAUGGUCAGCAGCCUGUCCCCAUGGUCAGCAGCGGCCACACAACAGGACAAAGGAACGUUCUUCACUGAGUGCAUCAGAAAAGUUGUUUCUUUACUGUCGUCUCCAUUCGAGGACAUUCAGGACUCUCCACAAAGCACAAUAA